GCAGACUCGUACAAAAUGGCGACCCGAAGUUAUGAAGUCGAUGCGGUUCACUCGCUUUUACCGAUCGAUAUUAAUGGAGGAUUCGAAGUUUUCGGGGUCUCUUGUGCAGUGCACAUAUUUCGUGAAUUCAGGCUCCAGUUGAGUGAAAAAAUCCUAAAAAGUGUUGUUUUGAAGCUGUUACAUCAUUGUGAAUUUGCGAGGCUUCUAAUAGGAUUGCGAAAUGUGUUUCAAAUCACGCAGUACAUAAGCCCGGCGUGAUCCAACCCCCAUCCUCUCGAACCUGUAGAGGGCUCCAAUGGUACUGGUCAAGAGCAGUGACGAAGACUACAUCAUGAAUUCUGCAGUCAGCACGGAAUCUAUUGACAUGCCGGAUGAGGACAUGUCGCAAGUAGACGGUUGCGGUCUGAGCGGCGCGUCGGACGAUGAGGACGAGUGCGCGUCGUCCCCCGCCGGGUCGGCGUACGACGACGGCGCCGACAUCAUGAAGACGGCGCUCAGCGACGAGGUCACCAAGCAGCUCGCCGCCGCCGGUCCCGUCGGGAUGGCAGCAGCGGCCGCCAUCGCGUCGUCAAAGAAGCGGAAGAGACCGCACUCGUUUGAGACCAACCCCUCUGUCAGGAAGCGACACCAGAAUCGCCUGCUCAGGAAACUCAGGCAAACAAUAGAAGAAUUCGCAACCCGCGUGGGCCAGCAAGCCGUCGUCCUGGUGGCGACCCCUGGCAAGCCCAACACCUCGUACCGCGUGUUCGGCGCCAAGCCGCUCGAGGACGUGGUCCGCAACCUUCGGUGCAUGAUCAUGGAGGAGCUGGAAAACGCGCUCGCGCAACAGUUCGGUGUGGGCGCGGGGCAGGCGCCGCCGCCGCCGCAGGACGACCCGUCGCUCUUCGAGCUGCCGCCGCUGAUCAUCGACGGCAUCCCCACCCCCGUGGAGAAGAUGACCCAGGCGCAGCUGCGCGCCUUCAUACCGCUCAUGCUCAAGUAUUCUAUGGUGCGUGGCAAGCCCGGCUGGGGCCGGGAGUCGACGCGGCCGCCGUGGUGGCCCAAGGACCUGCCGUGGGCCAACGUGCGCAUGGACGCGCGCUCCGAGGACGAGAAACAGAAGAUGUCGUGGACGCACGCGCUGCGUCAGAUCGUGAUCAACUGCUACAAGUACCACGGCCGCGAGGACCUUCUGCCCGCCUUCACCGAGGACGAUGACCAGAAACCCACACAGCCUAUAUCAGCGUGCAUGCCGUCCGCGUCGUCCAACUCGUCUCGCGGCUCGCCCGGCCGCUCGGCGCCCGCCGUGCUGGCCAGCCAGCAAGUGUGCAUCGACCAGAUGACGCUCACCGACGUCGAUAUGUCACAGUACGCGCCAGCGGUGCUACAGACCAUAACCAACCCGGACGGUUCCGUGUCGCUCGUGCAGCUCGACCCCUCGCACCCCAUCAUCACGUUGCCGGACGGCACCACGGCGCAAGUGAUUCACAGCGGCGAAGGCGGGAGUGGAGUUGUCCAAACACUAGACGGCGAGUCGGUCGCUGUCGAUCUCAACGCUGUGGCCGAGGCCACGCUCAACCACGACGGGCAGAUCAUACUCACCGGCGAGGACGGACACGGGUACCCAGUGUCGGUGUCGGGCGUCAUCACGGUCCCUGUGUCGGCGUCCGUGUACCAGUCCAUGGUGGCGUCCAUGCAGCAGCAAGAUGGCGUGUGCGUGGCGCCGCUAGUGCAGAGUCAACAAAACGGCGAAGGCCUAGAGGCGCUCGGGUUGGGCGGCGGCGUGGCGCAAGUGAUGCUGCAGGGCGGCGACGCGCAGGUGCUGCAGGUGCUGAGUCUCAAGGACGCCACCGUGCUCACCAAGGCCAUGCAACAAGUGAAAGCGGAGCGCGACGCAGUAGUGGCGGACUCCUAGCUGCUAACCCUGGUGGCGCAGGCCGACUCCGACUCCGAGCUGCUGGAGGAGCGCGCGUAGCGGCCGGCCGCGCCGCCGCCGCUGCUGUGGUUCAAGCCGCGCCUGCCGGCUGGCACGGCCCAAGGGAACUAAAACUUCAAAUGAUGACACAGACUGCCCAGGCGGGCUAGCCGAGCCAAUCGCUUGCGCUUCGCCAUCGAAUCGCUUUGUGUCUCUAUCACUCUCCUAGUGUGACAGUGACAGUUGCGUUUCGUUCGCUACGGAGCGUUAGCGAUUUACAUGUUGUUUACGCUGCUAAGGUAAAUGGCGGUAUCUCAAUAAGAAAUGGACUUGGAAAUGGAACUUUCAGAUCAUAUUCAUUUAAAAUACUGCUUUUUAGCUCAGCACCAGCUAUGAGAUUAGGAGAGGCUUCGUUACACUGCCGUGAGCGGCUGUCAGUGUGAUGAGCCCUUAAGAGAUUCUCAGACUUCGCAACAAAUCGCGUGCAAUUUUUGGUAGGAGUUGCGCCAUUCGCACGGACUGAUAACGCAACGUCACUUAGCAGAGGACCCAUGUAAUUGAAGGGAUGUUUACAAAAACAACAUAAUUGACUACACUGGUUGACACCUGAAUCGAUUAACAAUGUUCUUAAAAAAGUGUCAACCGCUCUAAGCAGUUAUGUUGUUUUUGUAAACAUCCCUUCAAUUUAGUGAACAUUUUAUCUGUGACUGGCAGUUAGGUGCUAUCAACCCUAAGUGCAACAAUUUCAAUCGAUCAUUGAAAUGCCGCAAUACAAGUAAAAAUCGCAUGCAAUUUGUUGGAAGGCGAGUGGACCCUUUUUAAAUGACAGGUUGAAAUGUCAUCAGCAAUUAGUGCCGUCACAAGAUAGAUACAGGUUUAGAAUGUAUGAAAUUUUCUGUAAUAAUAUAAGGAGCGUACAUGAACUGUAGGCGCCAGCACAGGAUGCUGUUUAGUGGCGUGAUGAGUAAGAGUCAAGUUGAGGUUUCCGAACUACCUGUAUCUAUUUAAAUCAAUGAAUACAUCUACAAGUAACAUUAAACACUAGAUUUAAUAACAAUACAAUUUGGUGUUAAUAUUGGUUGUAGUUGUAGCACAUACUAUAAAUGAAAAGCCAUUUUAUUCUACAGAGUGCAGAGUUGUUUAUGUAUAGUUUUCAGUCAGUCUGCUGUUGAAACUAAGAUACGGGUGAUAGUCGCUAGCAAGGGCUCCUGUCUUUUUUAUAGCCUGUAAAACUACACUUCUAAGUGUCUAGCGCGAAACACGAAAUUUCGUUAUCUGGCUCUCUGUCACUCUUGCAUAUUCGAGCAAUAGAUUGGUAGACAACGACAUUUCGAUUUUCGUGUUUCGCGGUAGUCCAUUUGUAUACCAUCUUCGACACACUUAACUUGCAAUUUAAACCUUAUUGCAAUAAUAUAAGGUCUACACACAGUUGAGUGUGUUGCUGAUCGUACCCGAUACCGAACAAAAUGGCGCCCGAAACAAGAUGGCGGGCUAUAUAUAUUUACUGUUCAGACAAAAAUUUGGCCUUCCAGUAAUGUGAAUGUCCAACUUGUCAUCGCAAUGCGUGAUAUAAGCAAGCUCGUAUGGCCCUCUCCUGUAUUAUAUAAAAGUUCGAUUAGAUAAUUAAGAUGCCAAUGGCAUUCAGAUUAUAUUAGAUUAUUUAUUAAUUACGUUACACUAAUUUAUUUAUUUAUGAGACUUAAAUUAUUUAUACAAAUCCAGUGGAUAGAGAUUUGUGCAAUAACCUUUUUACAACCUGCUUUUAUUUUAUUUAGUAAAAGUCGCGCGGCUUGCGCCUAGCGAAUAAGAAACAUUCCUUUUACAUACUAUUUAUUUUAAGCUAGAUUGUUAUUAACAUUGUUGUUUGUUUUAUUUCUUAUUUAUUUGUUACGACAUAUUUAAUUUGAUUCUAGUCUGCAGCGAGUCAGAAGUACUAUUCUAGUCUAAAUGAGUAUCGAAAUAUUCUAAGUCAAUCAAAGAAGUCAGAUGCAAAAUGUUUAAAGAAACUCCGUGUAAAUAGUUUUGUAAAAUACUUAGCUGAAUUACUAGAGUAAUAAUCCUGCUAGUACGUUGUACUUGAUGCCAUAGGCGACUCAACUAAUAAGCUUGCAAAGUCAAAGACAGCUCAACAUGGAGUCGGUGGAUAUCAAACGUCAACUUCGACUUUGCAGCGCAAUUCGUUCAGUGGCCUAUGUUGACAAAAAAUAUAUUCCUAUGCGGGAACAUUAACUUUCCAAGAGAAAUGAUCUUAUUCGUGUUUAAAAUUUGUGUAUACAAAAUUGUAAUUUGUACAAAAGCUGUUCUUUUGGUUCAAUCGGAUGUUUCUAAAAACUUAAGAUUUUUAUAAAAUUAGGCAUAGUUUCCAAAGAUCCGCGUUAAACGUUAGAUAAGUAAACGUAUUCAGGAAUAACGUAAGGUAGGUUCAUAGAAGAGUACAAAGUGAGAGCUCUAUAUUAUUUAUUUAAAAGAAUUCUGCGAAAAGACGGAAACGAAUAAGUAUUAACUAAUUCAGUCAUUUGAUUUGAUCUGAAUAUUGAAAGUUGUUUAUUUUAAUUUUGUUUUUAAUUUAUACCAAAGAGCGUAGUUAGAUUGUGUUUUGUUCCGUAUGGAUAACGUUGGAAGCACAAUUUUGUUGUUAAGUACAAUUUGUGAUUGUAAAUAAAGGUAUGACUGUGUGAAUAUUACAAUCAUUAAAGUAUUUACGUACAACAAA